CUACAGCCGCCGUGGUGCAGCCCCACCCGGCUCACAGGCCUCCUCCCCGCCACCUCAUCCACCGCACCAGCAGCCACAUCUACCGGCCCCGCCACAUCCACCCGCAGCGCCACCACCGUCACCUCAACGUGCUCCCUCCCAAACCCUUCCUCCCCCUCCCCCUCCCCAUUCGCCACUUUCGUCACAAUCCCCGAACCCGUGUUCUACCCUCCCGAUGAAGCCUCUGGUCCCAACAGCAGCUCCACAAGCAGCGCUGCUGUUGGUAACAGCACUAGCAGUACCAGCGGUACCAGCAGCAACAAUGGCAGCGAGGAGAAAGCGAAUACCGGCGGCAGCAGGGGCAGUGGCGGAACUACCACCGGUGCCCGCGGUGCAUCCAUCGAUCCCCGAGAGGCCUCCAAAUUUGCCGCCCUGGCCGCCAGUUGGUGGCGCUCCAGUGACGGCCCCUUUGCACCGCUACACGCGCUCAACCCAGUGCGGGUCCGCUUCAUCCGUCAGAGCCUGGCGUCCCUGAUGGGACUCGAACUGGAGACCUCCGAGCCGCUAAAAGGUCUACGUGUUCUGGACGUGGGUUGCGGCGGGGGCAUCUUGUCAGAGGCGCUGGCUCGCCUUGGGGCGGAGGUGCACGGCAUUGACGUGACGAGGGAGAAUGUGGAGGUGGCAGGGAUGCAUGUGAGGGCGGACCCACGAGUCGCUGCCAGAGUCAGGUAUGACGUCAUCUCUGCGGAGGAUCUAGCAGCUUCCGGUACGGCACUGUACGACGUGGUGAUUGCCAGCGAGGUUUUGGAGCAUGUCAACCGGCCACAUGAGCUGCUGCCGGUGUUGACAUCGCUGCUGUCGGGCCCGACAGCGCCGCACACAGGGCCAGGGGGAUCAGCAGCCGGCGGGUCGGAAAGCGGGAUACCGGAUACGGUGCGCUCCGGGGCUCGGUCCGCUUCCGGUGGGGCCCUGAUCGUCUCCACACUCAACAGGACUCCCUCCUCCUUUGCGGUGGCCAUUGCCGGAGCCGAGUACCUGACGGGUCUGGUACCCAAGGGCACACAUCAUUGGAGGAAGUUCAUCACGCCGGAGGAGCUGGCGGUCAUGGCUGCGUAUAUUGCCAUGGACCCCACCGCGCCACCCCCCACACAAGCGGCAGAGCGGUGUGUCGCGGCAGUUCCACGGUGGAGCGAGGGGCCCCUGGACAAGAACUGGCUCUUCCCAAGUCACUAA